UUUGCCAAAGCAGUGAAGGUUUACAUUGGGAGGAAAUGAAGGCUGCAGGGAGGCCUGUAUACAGAGUGCAGGCACUGGAUCGACGGGGUUUGCCGGCGUAGGGGCCUGCCCCGCGAGAGCAAAGCACCCAAGGACCCCUGUUGACAAACACGGUACGUUGCCGGGGCGCCCUAGCUCCCGUAGGCCCAGGUUGUUGCUAACAUCAAGGAGCUGUUUAUGGAGCCACCUCCCGGAGGACCAGCCUCCAGUGUCCCUGUCUACUCUCCCUACAACCAAGACUCAUGGGGACCUCCCUCCAGGGUUCCAACCCUAGCUGGACCUGGCAAACUUGAGCUGGGGAAUGUUAACCAGGAUUCUGCUCUUGCCGCUCCAGCCCUGAGGGGAGGGCAGUACCGAAUAUGGCCGCUCUCUCCAACCUGGCACCGAACCAGUUAACCUCCAGCUUCCCAGCCUUCUACAAGGGUUGCCCCGCCGCCUCUGAGGGAGGAGGAGGUGCUGCCGGUUCAGUGUUUUCAUUGGUGAAUGUGAUCCGGGGCCUUCCAGAACCCACCAAUCCGGGAGCAGGAAAGGCUUCCCCAUGGGCCGGACCGUGGUCGUGCUGGGUGGAGGCAUCAGUGGCCUGGCCGCCAGUUACCAUCUGAGCCGGGCCCCUUGUCCCCCCAAGGUGGUCUUGGUGGAGGGCAGCGAGCGCCUAGGCGGCUGGAUCCGCUCAAUACGAGGGCCAGAUGGUGCUGUUUUUGAACUUGGACCUCGAGGGAUUCGGCCUGCUGGAGCCCUGGGAGCCCGGACCCUGCUCAUGGUUUCUGAGCUUGGUUUGGACUCAGAAGUGUUACCUGUCCGGGGAGACCAUCCAGCUUCCAAAAACAGGUUCCUGUAUGUAAAUGGUGCCCUGCACCCCCUGCCCUCUGGCUUCAGGGGGCUAUUCUGCCGUUCACCUCCCUUCUCCAAACCUCUGUUUUGGGCUGGGCUGAGGGAGUUGACCACGCCUCGGGGCAAAGACCCUGAUGAGAGUGUGCACAGUUUUGCCCAGCGUCGCCUUGGUCCUGAGGUGGCGUCUCUAGCCAUGGACAGUCUCUGCCGUGGAGUGUUUGCAGGCAACAGUCGCGAGCUCAGCAUCAGGUCCUGCUUUCCCAGCCUCUUCCAGGCUGAACAAACCCAUCGUUCCAUAUUACUGGGGCUGCUGAUGGGGGCAGGACGGAGUCCACAGCCAGACUCAGCACUUAUUCGUCAGGCUCGGGCUGAACGCUGGAGCCAGUGGUCACUCCGUGGAGGACUGGAGACAUUGCCCCAAGCCCUUAAUGCCCACCUGACUAGUAGGGGUGUCAGUGUUCUCAGAGGCCAGCCAGUCUCUGGGCUCAGCCUCCAGGCAGAAGGGUGCUGGAAGGUGUCUCUAGGGGACAGCAGCCUGGAGGCUGACCACAUUAUUAGUGCUGUUCCAGCUUCAGUGCUCAGCAAGCUGCUCCCUCCUGAGGCUGCACCUCUGGCUCAUGCCCUGAGUACCAUCAAUGCUGUGUCUGUGGCUGUGGUGAACCUGCAGUACCAAGGAGCUCGUCUGCCUGUCCAGGGAUUUGGGCAUUUGGUGCCAUCCUCAGAAGACCCAGUCAUCCUGGGAAUCGUGUAUGACUCAGUUGCUUUCCCUGAGCAGGAUGGAAGCCCCUCUGGCCUCAGAGUGACUGUGAUGCUGGGAGGUUCCUGGUUACAGACACUAGAAGCCAGAAGCUGUGUCUUAUCCCAGGAGCUGUUCCAACAGGAGGCAGAGAAAGCAGUUGCCACACAGUUAGGUUUAAAGGAGCCACCAAGUCACUGCUUGGUCCAUCUACACAAGAACUGUAUCCCCCAGUAUACAUUAGGCCACUGGCAAAAACUGCAGUCAGCUACCCAAUACCUGGCUGCUCAGAAGCUGCCCUUGACUCUGGCUGGAGCCUCCUAUGAGGGGGUUGCUGUCAAUGACUGCAUAGAGAGUGGGCGCCAGGCAGCAGCCCGGGUCCUGGGCACAGAGUCGAAUAUUUGAUCCUCAAUUUCCACCUCUUCCUGCCCCAGCUGGCAGGGAUUCUCUCACCUGCAAAAAUUAAAGUUGCUGCAGCGUG